AUGGCGCUUAUAGCGGCUUUACGUGUUGCUGCACUUCAAUAUGCUGUCUACGCAGUUCCUCUUCUACUCCUGGUUUACCUUUCCCAUAAUUAUGUCUACAAUUCACUACACAUCUUCCCUGGUCCUUUCUGGGCGCGCCUGACUGAUAUUUGGCGAUAUAUUGAUGUGAAGGGUCGACGCCCCGAGCGUACGCACAUAGCCCUACAUCGCAAAUACGGCGAUAUCGUGCGCCUGGGGCCACGCACUUUGUCCUUCGCGGACCCGAAAGCAGCGAAGGUGAUCUACGGUCUAAACAAGGGAUUCGUCAAGUCCGAGUUUUACCCGGUACAAAUGACCGUUUCAAAAGGCGAGCCAUUGCCAUCGCUAUUCUCUACACUGGAUGAGACCUUCCAUGCGAAUCUCCGUCGUUCUGUCAAUCAUGCGUUCUCCAUGAGCUCAUUAGUACAGUAUGAGCCGAUGGUAGAUGAGACUACGGAAAUUUUCCUCGAUCAGACGGGCCGACUCUUUGCUGAUGGAGCCACAGUGUGCGACUUCGCACGAUGGCUGCAAUUCUUCGCUUUCGAUGUUAUUGGAAGCAUCACGUACAGCAAACGCCAUGGGUUUAUCGAGAAAAACGAAGAUAUCGAUGGAAUCGUCGGUUCCCUGGCAAGAAUCUUCGAUUAUUCUGCCCCCGUUGGUCAGAUGCCGUGGCUAGAUAAACUAUUCUGGAAGAAUCCGAUAUUCGAUUUCCUUCAAAAAUUAGGCUUAUCGGAUAACUCGCAUCCUGUGGCUAUUUUCGCAAAGCAACGCAUGGAAGAACGGAUGUCAGCAAAAGCUGAUAUAACGAGCCCGGGAACAAAGGAUGACCUUCUCACCAUGUUCAUCAAGGCGGGUGAAACUCGACCAGAUUUCAUGACAAACAAACGAAUCCUGACCAUGGCUGUGUCUAUGGCUUUUGCGGGUUCUGAAACAACAGCUAUCAGCAUUGCAGCUGUGUUCUACUAUUUACUUAAGAAUCCAGAGUGCAUGGCACGGGUUACGCAAGAGCUGAAUGACGCCGUAGCCAAUGGUAUGAUUGUGAACCGCCCCACAGGACUUGUAUCGUGGACAGAGUCGCGCCAGCUGCCUUAUCUCGAUGCCUGCAUAAAGGAAGCUUUCCGUAUGCAUCCCGCUGCGGGACUUCCGUUGGAACGUGUUGUUCCUGCGCCAGGGAUGGAGAUCUCCGGACAUUUUAUUCCAGGUGGAACAAUCGUCGGUUGCAGUGCUUGGGUUAUUCACCGUUGUAAAGACAUCUUCGGUCCUGAUGCCGAUAUAUACAACCCCGAUAGAUGGCUUACUGCGGCGCCGGAUCAAUUGAAAGCUAUGGAUGGAAUGAUGCUCCAGUUUGGUGCUGGCUCAAGGACCUGUAUCGGGAAGAAUAUUUCUCUAAUGGAGAUCUAUAAGAUUAUACCUAGCUUUUUGCGGAGGUUUGAGGUACAAUUGGCACAUCCUGACCAAGAAUGGAAACUGUGGAAUGCAUGGUUCGCUGGAGAGAUGGAGAAGGAAGCAGUAUAG